AUGGCUAAAAAGGCUGGGUAUAUGGUAAGUCUCAAAAUGGACAAGCUGGAAAGGGGUUGUAGAAUCAGGAGAAAUACCUUGGUUAGGUCUCAGCAAACAGGAACCAUACCUCUGGGGCAACCAGCCCCAGCUCCUUCUGUGUCCUAGCAGCACCCAGCUGAGCAGAGCUGGCAACCUGCAUAAGUGGCUACUUGGGCCUGGGCAGACAAGCAGGUAGACCAAGUCCAACAGGAUAAGAUCUGAGAGCCAGUGGAGGCUGAACAGAGAGGAAGGAGAAUCUGGCACCAGAUCUGGAGUUUCCUAAAGGAUUUUAUCCAGGGUAAGAGAAAGGAGCAGAAGCCACUGCCAAACUGUAUGUCUGUGUUCUCAAGCAAAGUUCCCAACUCAACCAACCAAACUACUGGCAGCCAAAUGAAUGAGCCUGGCAGGGCUCUGAUAAAUCUGAUCUUCAGCAGUGCUGCAUGAAAGAGGAAACUUGAGGGUGAGCUCCAGCUUUCUUAG